AUGCGACCCCCACAAACCCAACGCCUGCUUCUCUUGUCUUCUCUGGUCGCUCUCGCCUCCGCACAGACAACGCUCAUCGUCCCGCAUACCGAUGGAUCCGACGACGUCCCAGCGCUCACAGCCUUGCUCUCGAACACCAGCAACGGCCCAGGGAGCUACACUUCGGAAGCAUCCAUCAUCUUUAGUGCAAACACGACAUAUAAUGUCUGGUCUCCGCUCGUGUUUCCUGAGCUGAAUGAUGUCGAGGUGCGAAUCGAAGGGAACUUGACCUACCCGGAGAACAUCACCCUCGUACAAGAGUAUGUUGGCGCAUCGAACUAUAUGGGUGCUUGGAUCACCUUUACUGGAGGAAAAAACGUCACCUUAAGCGGCUCCCGAGAUCCUACACAAGGUUGGAUGAACGGAAAUGGGCAACUUUGGUGGGAUAUCGCGCAGCAGACCAACCGUCCGUACGGUUGGCUCUUUGGGAACAUUACUGGGGGUGUAAUCAGGAACCUCAAAGUUUACAAGCCCAUCGCGUGGAACUUCAUCACAACCGGAUCGACAGACCUUCUCGUAUACAACAACACCAUCCUCGCCGGCUCGUCCAAUGCUUCGGCGUAUCCCUUCAACACGGAUGGUUUCGUCGCGCAGGGAAACAACCAGGUCUACGAGAGCAACUACGUCGUCAAUGGUGACGACUGCAUACGCAUUGCGGACCAGUCCAUGAACAUCACAUGGAGGAAUGGCUAUUGCGAAGGCAGUCACGGCCUUUCCGUUGGGUCCUUGGGCGCGAGCGGCGCAGACUCUAUGAUCAUGAACGUACUGUUUGAGAAUAGCAUCAUGAACCACACAUUGUACGCAGCUCGCUUUAAGAGUUGGACAGGCGGAAAUGGCAUCGCAGCUAACAUUACCUGGAGAAACGUCCUGUUCAAUGACGUCAUGUUCCCGAUCUACGUUACGCAGAACUACUGGGAUCAAAGCCUUGGACCUAAACCCAACGCGUCAAAUGUCAACGAAACACACAUCUCCAACCUUCUCUUUGAAAACUUCGCAGGCUCAGUGAACGAUAUCCCAGGUUAUCAAGACGGAUCGUGUGUCUCCGAUCCCUGCUGGUAUUAUGUUGCGAACGCCACUGGCAAGGAGGUUGUCAUCUUUGACUUGUAUCCGGGAUCAGCUACGAAUGUCGUCGCUCAGAAUCUUUUCGGCACGACGGUCACUGGUGCUCCAAUUGCAGCGAUGUGCAACACCUCCACAAUCUCUACGGAAGUGGGGUUUGUCUGCCAAGACGGGCCAUACAUCCCAACUUCACUGGGGUGGUAGAGGAAAUCAAUCAAACGUAGUAAGCCUGCAAAAUCAUGUGCAUUGAGAGUAAAAUACCG